UUCAUUUUUUUUUACGUCACGAUAAAAUCUCAACGACAUUGACAAAUCUCACCACGAAAGAUUCGAGUUGAAAAAAAACGUCAAAAAUUGCAAAAAUCAAAAGCAACAUCGCAGCAAAUCGAAAUCGGUUCGCAGAUUGAUGAAAAAGAAUUUUUCAUAAAAAAAAAAGAAUCAAAAAUAAUUAAAAUCUCCAUCCAUAUCUCGCGUUCGUCUUUAAUACAUUCGUCUUUUCUUCUUUUUAAGUGAAAUUUAUAAUCAUUUUGUCACAAUUCAUUGUUUACCACUGAAAAAAAGUAAAAAAAAAAAAAAAAUUCCCCACAAGUGAGAAAAAGUUGUGUCUCUUGUGAAAGUUUUUUUCGCUUCUCUCUCUCUUCCCCUCUUUAUUCUUGUGAUCUACUAUUACUCUGUAACACACACGCAUAUAUACAAGUGGUGAAUAAUUAUAAAACAACAAAAAAAGCGCACAUGCAGCAGUUGUUGCUGUAAUACAGGAGUUAACGGUAGGGGGGAAUAUCGAAAUUCUCUCCCUUGUACAUAUACACAACAUAUGUUAGCUUUUCGUUGUAGUGGUAGUACAAGUGGUGGUGGUGGUGUUGGUGAAGGUGAAUUAUUUUUUUCUUGCUGUCAGCCUGCGUCAACAUUGCACGCAACAACAACAACAAAAACAGCAAAAGUAGCCCCACUUACAACAACAACAACAACUAAAUACAAUUCAACAGACGAAGAAGAGGCAAAGGACGUUAAAGAAGAAACCAAAACCAGAAGUAACGACAACAACGACGACAGCAGCAAAGUGAAAAUUAUUUGUGGUGAAUUAAUAAAAUCAUCACCAUCAUCAACGUUGUCUCCUCGUUCGUCUUCUUCUUCUUUUUCGUCUUCUUCGUUACUUGAUUCUACCAAAACGAAAUCAAGAUUUUCUUCUAAACACUUCCUACAUCGACUCCAUAGGGAUUAUGUUAUCCUGGUGAUAGCUUUAAUCCUUGUUAGCUUAAAUCAAGACAAAUCCAAAUUCACUGAGUUUAGUGAUUCGGUGUGUUUUUGCCAACGUUGCAGUAGCAACAACAACAACAACAACAGUCCACAGCAAAUUAUUUAUAAAUUAUUAAAACGAGCCGGAGGAGGAUCUGUCCAAAAAUCCUCUCCAUCUUCGUCGUCUUUAUCACAGAAAACUGUGAUUUCUUCAAAAAUUCCACGUAAAUCUACAACAACGAAUCCGUCAACGUCUAGGAAUUAUUAUUUGAACCAUCGUGGUUCAUCUUCAUCGUCAGGUCCAUCCUCGAUUGCUGGUGGAUCAUCAUCGUCGGGUGUAACAGCUGCUGGCGGAGGAGGUAAUAGCAAUUAUAAUCAGUAUUCUGGGAAUUACAACAACAACAACAAUAGCAACCAUAGUAAUAAUAGUAAUUCAGGAGGAAUUUCAACGACGACGACGAUGAUGAUGACCAAACAAAAGGCCACCAUGGCCGAUCGAUUGAAUAUCGGUAGCGAAGUUCGCGAAUUGAAAUUGGGUUGCACAUUUAAUUCGAAAAAUACAACGACUGCAUUUCAUACGAUAAAAUAUGAUUUUAAGCCAGCAAGUGUGGAUGUUAACAGAGUAGCUGAUGUGGAUAUUGGAUCAAAUAAUCAAGUUACUGUUACCGUGCCAAAUUUAGAAAGUUCCGGUGUGCCUCAUACAGUUUAUAAGGGAAAUCACAAAAAAUAUACAAAAGAAUGCUUAAUUAUAUUCGAUAAAAAGACAGGUGAUAUGACAUUAGAGAAAUUAAAUCACAAUAUACAGGUUAAGAAAACGCGGACUGAAGUGGCAAGCAAAACCGUUGGACCAGCUCCAAAAUUAGAAAAUAGCACAAUGAGAGUAUCCUCGAAAACAAAAGUUUCUACAGGCAGUCGAAAGAACAAUAUAAUCGGCUUUGUACCGCGCAAUUCACCAAUGCAGCAACAACAGCAACAGCCACAAGGUUCAUCGCCAUCGACCGCCCCAGUCCAUAAAAGUCCACAAUCAGCUCCAGCAUGGAAUGCUAAUAACGCUCAAGCAACACUACCAAGCAUUCCAAUGAUAAUUGAUGAUGAUGACGCGGGUGCAAUGUUCCAAGGCGCUGGUAGCGGCGGAAGCUGUGGAGCCGGAAGUGCGAGCUCCAUUGCCAACUUGUCAUCCUCAUCGUCAGCGUCUAGCCACAAUAAUUCAGGUGACUUCCAUAUGCCCCAGCAUCAGCAACAACAGUCGCAACAAAAGCAAUCGAAAUCGCACUACAAUCACCAACCGCCUCAGCAACAACAAAAGCACCACAAUCAACGACACCAGCAGCAGCAGCAGCAACAACAACAACAACAAUCACAACAACAGCAAUGGCAUCAACAACUGCAGCACCAGCAACAACAGCAGCAGCAGCAAAUGCGACAGCCGAGCCCAUCACAACAGCAAUAUCAUAAUAAUCAAAAUAACCGAAUGUACCAUAAUAAUUCUAGCAGUAAUAAUUCCAAUGUAAUUGGCAUGAGCGGCAUUGGCGGCAGCAGCAAUAAUUGCAGGCCGAGCAGUAGCAGUAGUAGUAUAGGUCCAGAUCAGACGGCAUCACAGAUGUUGGCAAGUUCUGCGGCGGCACUUGAGCAGGAAAUCGGUGUUCUCAGCUCGUCUGACUCGAGUACAGAUACCGACUCAAGUGGCAGUGAUAGUGGCUCAGACUCGGAUGACAGCAAUGAAGAUUAUUCUCAGCAGAACUCCCAAUCCCUGCAUCAGCAACAAUCCAUGCAACAUCAACUUCCAAAUCUUCAAGCAACCAUACAACCACCACAACAACAACAAUCACAGCAACAAUCAAGUGGUUAUGCGAAUGGUGGCUUUACAAAUGUCCUGCAUGAUGACCUACAACUAUCCGAAUCCAAUUCAUCAUCUUCAUCAGACGACGAUGAUGAUUAAAAAUAAAUUCAACAAAAGAAAACAAAAGAAUCAAAAUAAAAAAAAAAUACUUUUACACUAUUAUUCUAACCGACCACACUAUUAACUAAUCGCAUCCAAGAAACGGAGAGAAAACGAAAGAAAAACUGCAACAGAAAAAAAUUAAACAAAAGCAAAAUAAAAAACACAAAAUCUAAAAUAUUUAUAUAUAUAUUUGUAAAAACAAAAAAAAAAUAA